AAAGAAGAGGAACAUCAGCAAGCAGACAGACGAGCCGAUACAAUUGACUAGUUAGAAUAGCAAUAAAUAAUUAAGCGCACGAAAGUAGAAUAUCGCACACGUAUAAUUGGCGUUAAUGUUAAGUGCAUCAUUUUGAAACGAGGAAGUGAACAAGAAGAAACAACAACAACACAAAUCUCGAUAAUUGAAUCAUCAAAUAGCCAUGGAUAUAAUUAGAAACUUGUAUUUGCAUAAAUAUUCUCACAAAAUGUUUUAUAAAACAAAAGCAUCAACAAGUCGAUCGAACUCCACCACCGUUACGUCAAAUGGCGAUGGCAUAAGAUCACAGCAGUUUUACAUUUAUGCGAUUGACAGACCAGAUGCAAACAGCCCACCACCUGCUCACUUAGACCUGCCACCAAAAUACGAGGAUGUUGUGAAAGACCCAAAAUAUUUGAGACGUGAAGUUCUAUAAAUUUUGAAUUUUUGCACCUAAAAUGUGGUCUUAAGAUUGUUAAGGAUGUAGAUUGUAAGACUUUCUAUUAAUAUUGACUAAAUUUAAUUUAAAUAAAUUAAUUUAUAUUUUAUAAGUGUAACAGAAUUUUU